GCCGCCGCGGCCGCCGUCGCCUUUCUCUGUCUCCGCUGAGGCAGCCAUCUUGCUCUUGCCGCGUGCUGGUGUUGGAGGACCCUUCCUGCUUCAGAUUUUUCAACAGCAUGAAUCAAGAAAAGUUAGCCAAACUUCAGGCUCAGGUCCGGAUAGGGGGCAAGGGUACAGCUCGCAGAAAGAAGAAGGUGGUACAUAGAACAGCUACAGCUGAUGACAAAAAGCUUCAGAGUUCUCUAAAAAAACUGGCUGUGAACAAUAUAGCUGGAAUUGAAGAGGUGAACAUGAUUAAAGAUGAUGGGACAGUUAUUCAUUUCAACAAUCCAAAGGUCCAAGCUUCCCUCUCUGCUAACACCUUUGCAAUUACCGGUCAUGCAGAAGCCAAACCAAUCACAGAAAUGCUCCCUGGAAUAUUAAGUCAGCUUGGUGCUGACAGCUUAACAAGUCUUAGGAAGUUAGCUGAACAGUUCCCCCGGCAAGUGUUGGAUAGCAAAACACCAAAACCAGAAGACAUUGAUGAAGAGGAUGAUGAUGUUCCAGAUCUCGUAGAAAAUUUUGAUGAGGCAUCAAAGAAUGAAGCUAACUAAAAUAUUUUCUGGUUUUUGGAAGCUGGCAUGGACUAGGUUUAACAAAUCAGCUAUGUGGUUCCAAAGUUUUACAGACACGGAGAACAUCACCUGUUACUAGUUCAGUAAUAUAAAUAUUUUGUAUAUUAAUAAUGCUGUUUGUUCAGCAUUUUCGGUCAUUUGAUUUUGCAUUUUGCACUUCCUCCCAGGAUUUAUUCUUUUGGUCAAAAUACUAAGUAUUGGUGCAGUUUGAGGGUGUUUUGGUUUUUGAUUCGUGGUAUUUGUUUUCUGUUGGGGUAUUUUUGGUGUGUGUAUGUGUAUGUAUGCGUGUGGGUUUGUGUGUGUAUACAGUGGAGAGCAAAUUGGAAACAGUUCUAUUUAUCCUCCUCCUUCCCCUAGUAGAAAUAAAACAAAUCUUCACAUUUGUUACUUUUAAUUUCUUUGUUUCCAAUAAUGCACAAAAUUCCUGAAAAGUGAUUCUUCGAUUUCAAAUCUGAAGAGAUUUUACCAUUGGAGGUUUGGUUUUAAUUUGCUGUGUUAACUAUUACUUUUUUUAUACAUUUCUCUGAGUUUAAAAUGUCUUGAGAUGGUGCCACCAGCUUCAUGCUGGAGUGAUGGGUAGCAUAUCUUUGGUACGGUUGCAUUAGAUUCACUUACCUCGUCAAACCCAGAAGAAUUUCUUUUACUAGAUUUCUUCCUAAAUGCUUUUUCCCUCUCCUUUUGGUCUCAAAAUGGCCUAGUCAGCCUUUGGUAAUACUCUUCCUCAUCUUCCAACUAGCGUGAGAAUAAUGUUCUCCAUAUAGAGUUGAGUGCCUAAUCCCUCUCUUUUGUAACAUUUUGUUCUCUCAUCCCUCAUGAGGAACAACAGCUCCAUCUUCAACUGUUUAUUUUCCCUUGAUUUUACAGUUGUGGUAGAUUUCAAACUGGAAUAGCUAGCAUGUGCUUGCUAAAUAAUUUUCUGUCAGCCUUAUCCUGUAUCUCUGUUCUUAAUAGCAGGUGCAAAAAUGCCUCUUUUAAAGCAAGGUUGAAAUUGGGAAUGCCCUUUCGAAUCAGAAAUAAAUAGGCCGUAGACUCAUCCCCCAGCACAAGAUUGGCAUUCUGUGAAAUGGUACUGGCCUCAGGAGGAUUUCUUCAACCACUCUCCUACUCUUGGCCUUGAACCUACCUCUGGGUUGGAUCUUACUAUUGUAGCUGCUUACAGCACCCUCCUGCAUGCUUAGAGUAAUGCUUUGAGGGGAACACUGGUAAAAUGCAGUAUUUAUUUUUUCAUCUCCUUUCAGAGGACUUAAAGGUAAGUUGCAUUCAUUUAUUCAAGUUUCCCUUGCUGUCUGAUGAUAAAAGCUUGCCUUUUGCCGUAUCAGCAUUUGUUUAGCCUUGUAUUUAAGGAUAAGACUAGAAAAUCUAUUGCUUCCUGGCCAUCCCCACAUUAACUGGCUUCACCUUGCCACAUAUCAGCUUUUGUUUCAAGCUAGAUAUCUUUAUUUGGUAUCUAAAGUGCAAGACCAAAACAUAUCAAGAGACCUGUAGAGAUGAAGGCAAAGCUGUUGUCUUUUUUCAUUCAACACCUCAAUUCAUUUUAUAAAUUUGUUCAUUUUUCCUGUUAUGUUUUAUAUAAUAUAUGGACUUAACUAUAAAAUAACAGUAAUAAAGUAACAGUACAAAAGGGGAUAAUAUUUUCUCUUAUGCUUCUCUUAUUGUUGUCUACAGAAUUUCCUUCUUUUGUAUUCCCCUUUACUUCUCACCCCCACAUCAGUUUUAGUGCAGAGAGUAUUUGAAAUAUUGUCUCAUCCAUUGUCAGAUAAGUAGCUCCACAUAGUUUAUAUAACCCAGAAUUCCGUUCCUCCUACUGUCCCCAAGGACACAUUGUGGGGCAGCUAGAGUUAGAGGAGGACACUUCAAGUGGUUGGGAACAGAAGAGGUAAAUAGUAUAGCAAAGGAAGAAAGGGAACUCACCUGGGAGUCAAGAGACUUAAGUUCUAGACCAGGCUCUGGCAUUAACUAUGUACAAUUGGGCAGGUCAUCUAACUACUCUGAGAUUCAUUAUCAGUCAAAUCAGAUGUUUCUAAAUCUAAAGUUUCUUCUACUUCUUCAGUUCUGUGAAUUUCGUUUCUGAAAAUUCUCAAGGUGAUUUUAUCAUUUGAGAGCUUUCUUUGUCAAUAUCCAUCAAACCUUUUGUUUGUGUAUAUGCUUCUUCCUCUUUUUCUCCUUUGAUCAUAUUUUGGCUGCUCACCUAGAGGAGCACUGGUCAGUAUUCCCUUCUAUACUGUUAAUAAAAAACUCUUUAAUGGCUGGCCUUGCUUGUGUGCAAUGAGCCAAUAUUCUUUUUUGUUUGUUUUAUAUUUUCAUACCUUCCCCUUUCUUGGACAGAGCAUGUGGAGCCCCUGUUCAACCCAAAGAAAUGUCCCUUCCUUCAGAGUGCAUAGGCAUAGAGUAAGAAUACGAGUAUGGAUGAAACUGUUGGUAAAUUGUAGUAUUCUUGGCAUAAAUAAGAAUUAUAUAGUUUUUUAAUAUAUAAAGAAGUAGUUACUAAAUUUGUGAUUUUUACCAAGGUUAGGUAAUUAUUGCCAAGAUAACAACUGUAGCAGCAUUUUCUGGGAAAAUUGACUUAAAAUUUUGGGGUAAUUAAGUAGUUUCUUUAGAAAAUUGAUUCAUGGUCUUAAUUUUUGUGGUUAGUCCUUUCAGUUUUUGUAAAGCUCCUCAUUUGUCUGUCUGGGGAAAGCUCAAAGUAAACAGUUGGGUCAUUAUAUUUGCUUUAUUCUUAUUUUUCCUAUUAAGUAAUGAUAUAAGAAUACAUCAGGCACCCUUAAUUUGUUGUUAAAUAACUAGUAUAUACAGGAUUCCAUUAAAUUCAUUUAAAACCCAAAUAAGCCUACCAGGUUCUUGUGAGAAAACCUGUAUCUGGGAUGUGUUUAAUUUGUUUCUUUGUUGUAAUUCAGUGUUUAACCUAAGUAUGCUAUACACACAUGAGGAGGAUAUAAUGAGAGCUAGUGUUGUAUAGUAGGGAAAGCAUAGGUUGUUAAAUAGAGAUGAGUUUUAUCAUGCUAUAACCUCUCCAACAGGGCUGCUACAGUGCAUAACUACAAUAACCACCAUUCAUAUUUGUUGUUUUCCAGAGGGUGCCAUUUUCAUGACUACAGUAUCCCUGGUAUAUAAUGCAAUGAUGGCCGUGCUCUCUGAGCCUCAGUUUCCUCCUCUGUAAAAUGGUGCCUAAGAGUCAAGCAAAGUUCUUUAGAACCCCCUAAAUGACCAAGGUAUAGAUGGAAGAUUAAGAUUAAAGUUUGUUUUCUUCCGAGCCACAGCAGAAAGUUGCUUCUGGAGGUCAGAAAGCAUGGUUCUGGGUACAGGAAAGCUCCAUUCUACAUUGCCAUCCUCCAGUUCAACCUGUGUUGCUCUGCCACAUAAAGAGUUUUCCUGAAUUAUCAUGGUAGCCUCCUCUUUGGUCUUGCCUGUGAAUCAAUCUGUUCUUUACACGGGAGCCAAACCAAUCUUUUAAAAUUCAAAUCUGAUUGUAUCAUGAUCUUAGAUUGUCCUCCUACGAUUAUCUAUUGAACACAAAAUUAUAUUUAACUCUCAAAUAGUAGCAGAUAAUAUAAUCCCACUUUUAAAGAGGAACAAAAUAUGGUUUAGGGAAGUUGGGAAAGAUCACACAGCUAAUUGGUGGGAGAAUCAGGAUUCUAAUCUACAUCUAUCAAAUUUCAGAGUCUAAACUCUUAACAUCACCCUACACUGCACAACAAAUGUUUAUUGAAAUGAAAAUUAUAAAUAUACAUGUACAUGGCCUCUGUAGACUGAUAUCCUUGUUAAAUUCAAAUGUAAUUAAUAUCACUCAGUAUUACCCCAAAAGUCAAACCUCUAUAAUGAAUGUUCAGAAAAUAAGUUUA